AUUAGAACGAGUAACUGUUCAAAUCGAUGGAUCAGCUGAAGGUUUUGAAGUUGUCCAUUGUACUACUUGUCAAGUUAUUAAAUGUAAUGAUACGGGUACAACUUAUACAUUAGUUAAAUUACCUGAUGAUUCAUCAGCUGUAACUGGUAAAUUAGCAUGUACAAUGAAAUAUACAGUUAAAGAUUGUGAUCCAACGACCGGUGUACCAGAUGAUGAAGAAGGUUAUGCUGAUGAAUUUGUGCUUGAAGAUAUUGGAAUAACAGAAGAAAUUGGAGCUGAAAAUGAACUUGAAGAUACAUAUACAUUAUUAAUUCCAACACUUGAAGAAUGUGUGAAGAAAAUAAUAAAUUAUAUGGGAAUGCAAGCUUGUGAACGAUCAGACAAAAUUCCAGAAGGCAAAGCAUCACAUGCACUUUAUUUAGCGGGUGUCUAUCGUGGUGAACAUGAUGUACUUGUUCGAGCAAAAAUGGCAUUGGGUGGUACAACAGUAUAUCCAGGAGCACAAGCUAUUACCAGGCAAUUAACAAUACGUUCGACAGAUGAAUCAGCUGUGCAAGUUAUUGCUUCAGCAGUCGAAUAA